UGAGCUGAGCUGGGCCCGCGCCGCCACCCCCCCACCCAGAGAACUAGACGCAGAUGGCAGAUUUGUGACCCUUGGUGGGGGGGGGCGGUGCGGGGGACGGCAAAGCAGGGGCGAAGGGGCGAGGAGCUGGUCUGCACCAGACGCCAUGGGCUCCAGGAUCAAGGAAACGCCCCCCAGUACAUUCGAUUGGUUCUUUGAGGCUGCCUGUCCUGCCUCCUUGCAGCAGGACCCUCCUAUCCUGAGGCAGUUCCCCAAGGACUUCAGUGACCAGGACUCAAUUCAGAUGUUGCCUAAAUUCUGCUUCCCAUAUGAUGUGGAGAGAGUGACCCCCAAUCCCAUGGUACAACAUUUCACCUUCGUCCUCACCGACCUGGAGGGGAACCGGCGCUUCGGCUUCUGUCGUCUGGCUGGGGGCGCACUGAGUUGUCUCUGCAUCCUCAGCUACCUGCCAUGGUUCGAGGUUUUCUACAAACUGCUCAACAAUGUGGGGGACCUUUUAGCCAAGGGGCAGGUCAGCGAGGCAGAGGAGUUGCUCUCUGCCCUCUAUCUACACCCUGUUCCUGGGCCCCACUCACCCAUGGGGCUGGAGCUGGACCAACAGCACAGCAAACUGAAAAUCACCAGCCGCAGCUGCCCCCUGCCACAGGGCCCUGGGGAGAGCCAGACAGUGAGAGGGUCUCAGGGUGGAGCCAACCAGUGGGACGAAGGAGGGAGGGAAAAAGGGAGGAGGGAAGGAAGAAGGGAAGGAGGAAGGAGGGAAGAAGGAAGAGGAGAAGCUGUCUGCGCUGUGGUCUCAUGUCUCCUCUCCCCCGCACCCCACCAGCUCUCCUACUUCAUUGCCCCUGAUGCCAACAGCCUGCCUUCCAUCCCUGAGAGCAGGAACCUGACAGAACUGGUGGUGGCCAUGACUCCGGAGAACAUUCUGCACCUGUACAGUUCCCUGCUCUGUGAGCGCCGCAUCCUACUCACAGCCAGCAAGCUCAGCACGCUGACCGCCUGCAUCCACGCCUCCGCCUCCUUGCUCUAUCCCAUGCAGUGGCAGCAUGUGUACAUCCCCACCCUGCCCCCGCACCUGCUGGACUACUGCUGCUGGGCAGGAAGCAGAGGGCUGAAUGAGUUCACCUCUCCGGCUCUGGGCGACACCCACCCGCCACAUCCCUCUGCCCACAGCGCCCCCAUGCCUUAUCUCAUUGGUGUGCACUCCAGCCUGAUGGAGAGAGUGCGGGACAAGGCCUUGGAGGACGUAGUCUUCCUCAACGUGGACACCAAUACCUUGGAGUCACCCUUCCAGGACCUGCAGACCCUGCCCACAGAAGUGGUGUCGCUGUUGCGGCUGCGCCUGCGGAAAAUGACUCUGGCAGCGGGAGAUGGGCUGGCCCGGGUGUUCCUGAGGGCCCAGGCCCUGCUCUUUGGGGACUACAGGGACGCCCUCCUCUACACCCCGGGGCAGCCUGUGACUUUCUGUGAGGAGAAGUUCCUGGACCUGAAGCCAGGGCCCCUACACACCUUCCGUCAGGCUGCUGUGCACCUGCAGCUCUUCAAACAGUUCAUUGACGGGCGGCUGGAGAGGCUCAAUGCUGGGGAUGGCUUCUCCGACCUGUUUGAGCAGGAAAUCACCGGGAGUGGGCUGGCCUCAGGCAGCCUGCGCUCCUAUCAACUCUGGGCUGAGAAUCUGAAGAAAGGCGGUGGGGCCCUCCUUCACAGCGUGAAGACCCGGACCCAGCCAGCUGUCAAGAACAUGUACCGCUCUGCCAAGAGCGGGCUGAAGGGCAUGCAGAGCCGGUUGCUUUACAAGGAUGGUGACCCCCGCUUGCAGAGGGGUGGCUCCCUGAGGGGCCCACCCCCUGGCCUCAUGCCCAGCAACCGCUCUGAAUGCUUGCAGAGUCGCCUGCCCAUCACACAGCACUUCGGUCAGUCGCGGCCCCGGAGGCCAGCCCGGCGUUCUCAGCUCUGCAGUGAGCAGGGGCUGGUAGAGCAGGGGCUGAGCUCUGCUGCCCUGCCCCUGGAGGAGACAGGAGGGCUCCUGGGAGAGGAGCCCCUAGAUAGCAGCUUCCUCGGUUCAGGGGAGCUGGACCUACUGGGAGAGAUUCUGGACAGCCUGAACCUGGGAACCCCAGAACCCAGGGAGGCCCGAGGGCUGCACAGCAGCCGCAGUCUCGACUGCUGCAACCUGGAGACCGGCAGCUAUUUCACUCCGACCCAGAGACUGGGGGCCAUGGGCUGGCCCCGCUGGCUCCUGGAGGAAGAGGAAGAGGAGGCACCAGAAUCCCAACUGCUUCCUCACACAGUCCUACUGGCCGAGAGCCCCAGGCCCCUCCAGCCCCUUGAGAACCCUUUAAAGCCCGGACUAGAGCCAGACUCAAAGCCGGAACCACAGCCAGAACCGGAACCACAACCCGAGCCUGAGCCCGUGCCCCAACUCAAGCCCAUCCCCGCGCCCCAACCCGCGCCUCUACCUGAGUCCAUGCCCCAACCCGAGCCUGUGCCUGAGCCCAUGUCCCAACCCGAGCCCAUGUCUGAGCCCAUGCUCGAACCCAAAAUCGAGCCCCCUGGUUUCCUAAACACCCCCCAGCCCUCAGAGAUCUCAGCUUUCUCCCAGCACCCAGCCUCCACCCUGCUUGGACCCCCAAGCCAGAGCCCUCAAAACAGUGGGAUGUGGAAUCAGGGAGUGGAGGACAGCCACUCUGCCCCUGGUGACAGAGAUCCCGAAAUCCUGGCCCUGCCCAGGGUGUCUGAGCUCAAGAAACGGUUUGAGAGUUAGGGGACACAGCCCGGCUGCCUUACCUCCUGCACCCCACUUGGUUUACAUCGCCCUUUGCUGCUGAGGCUGCUCCCCCAUGUGGCAGGAGUGGGUGGGGGUGGUGGAAAGGGCAAGAGCAGGCAGGGGAGAUAAUAAAGCUGCACCAUCCUAA